UCGAAGGAGCAUCCUCUCUCAGAUCUGGGAAGCUCUGCGUCCAUGGUGUAAUGCACUCUUGUAGUGUCCACGCGCUCUCUCAUUCAACACUGAGUUCUUUUUGGCAGUUUUCCAGUGAACUUCGAAGAUAAUAAAGCAGGAAGGAGUUAUUUAUUCGCGUCUCAAGGGGCAAAAAGUAAAAAAAUCGAGGAGAUUUUAGUAGACUGAUUGAUUAGUCAAUGGCUAAAUCAAGACACCACUCAUCAAACCACGAUUCAUCACUGUCACCGACUGCUGUAAGAUCAAGAGAGGGCCCAUCUAGAUGGACAGACUACCUUGGUGCGGAAAUGGCAUCUCCACUAUCUUCUGGCAGUUCAAGGAGCUUCUUCAGUGAUGGGCAGGCUCAUAGCACUGCGGGAUCCCAAUACCAUAGGGGUUUGAACAUGCAGUGGGUAGUCCAACUCACUGAAGUUGCUGAAGGACUUAUGGCUAAAAUGUAUAGGUUAAAUCAGAUUUUAGAUUAUCCAGAUCCCAUCAAUCAUGUAUUUUCGGAAGGAUUUUGGAAAGCUGGAGUAUUCCCCAACCAUCCUAGAAUAUGUGUGUGUUCUAAGAAAUUUCCAGAACACUUCAGCAAAUUGCAACUUGAACGAAUAGAUAAGCAAACUUGGGAUUCAAUGCAAGAUCAUGCGGAACUUCAUUUACAAAGCCUUGAACAAUGGGUGCAGCUACUUCUGGACUUAAUGGUGUUUCGUGAACAAGCUCUCCGACUUAUAUUGGAUCUAAGCAGCACAGUGAUCACGUUAUUGCCCCAUCAGAACUCUCUUAUACUACAUGCGUUUAUGGAUCUCUUUUGUUCCUUCGCGCGGGUUAACCUAUUCUCUGAGAAGAUACCAAGGAAGAUGUUGCUUCAGGUCUAUAACCUUCUGCAUGCAAUGUCAAGAAAUGAGCGGGAUUGUGAUUUUUAUCAUGGCUUGGUUCAAUUUAUUGACUCUUACGAUCCACCAUUGAAAGGCUUACAGGAGGACUUAAAUUUUGUGAGCCCUCGUAUUGGAGAGGUAUUAGAGGCUGUGGGUCCUAUUAUAUUUCUAUCAACAGAUACAAGGAAACUUAGGAAUGAGGGGUUUUUAAGUCCAUAUCAUCCUCGGUAUCCAGACAUACUCACAAAUUCUGCUCAUCCCAUGAGAGCUCAAGAUCUGGCCAAUGUAACUGCUUAUCAAGAAUGGGUUUUAUUUGGUUAUCUUGUCUGCCCUGAUGAGCUGCUUCGUGUCACAAGCAUUGAUAUUGCCUUGGUUGUACUGAAGGAAAAUUUGGUUCUCACGCUCUUCAGGGAUGAGUACAUACUUCUGCAUGAGGAUUACCAGUUGUAUGUUCUACCUCGAAUAUUAGAAUCUAAGAAGAUGGCAAAAUCUGGGCGCACAAAACAAAAGGAGGCAGAUCUGGGAUAUAAUGUCGCAAAGCAGGUGGAGAAAAUGAUAAGUGAAGUGCAUGAUCAAGCGAUAUUAUCUUGUGAUGCCAUACAUCGUGAAAGGAGAAUACUACUGAAACAAGAGAUUGGGAGAAUGGUAUUAUUUUUCACGGACCAACCCAGUCUAUUGGCCCCUAACAUUCAGAUGGUGUUUUCUGCCUUGGCUUUAGCUCAAUGUGAAGUGAUCUGGUAUUUCCAACACGUUGGAAUUGCAUCAUCAAGGUCUAAAACCUCUCGGGUGGUUCCAGUGGACAUAGACCCAAAUGAUCCAACCAUUGGAUUUCUAUUAGACGGAAUGGACCGUCUAUGUUGCUUAGUGCGGAAAUAUAUUGCAG